AUGAAACCACCAACACCGAAGCGUAAAAAACAAUCUAAAACCGAUAGCGUGAAUGAUAGUCAAUUACAGGCCGCCUUAAAUUUUCUACAACAACCAGAUGAUCCAACUUUGAUAUAUACCCAACAUUUGGCUAAUAAACUAAGGCAGUUUUCAGGAAGAACAAGAGCUAUGAUUGAACACAAUAUUAACCAAAUUAUUUUUGAGGCAGAGAUGGGACACUAUGAUAACCCUCACUUCAGAACACAAGUACCAACUCCUGCUUUUUUUACAAAUACAGCGCAAGGGUCUCCUUGGUCAUCUCACAGUUACAGUUCGUCGAAUGAUAAUCCUCACUUCAGAACACAAAUACCAACUCCUGCUUCUUCUCCAAAUGCAGCGCAAGGGUCUCCUUGGUCAGCUCACAGUAACAGUUCUUCGAAGGAUAACCCCCACUUCAGAACACUAGUACCAACUCCUGCUUCUUCUCCAAAUGCAGCGCAAGGGUCUCCUUGGUCAGCUCACAGUAACAGUUCGUCGAAUGAUAACCCUCACUUCAGAACACAAGUACCAACUCCUGCUUCUUCCCCAAAUGCAGCGGAAGGGUCUCCUUGGUCAGCUCACACUAAUAGUUCCUCGAAUUCUGCUCAACCAGAUGAACAAGCACAGGAGGAAGACAACCUACUUACUGUGCUGCGGCCUUUUAUUACAUUGUAG